UAUAUAACACUACUCUCGCGAGAAAAUGCGUGAAGUCGAUAAUCUUUGUUUGUACAGUAACUGAGGACGCUUUACCAGCAAAGCAGAAAACUGUUUUUCCGCGUUAAUUAGAAAUGCCUCACUUUGUAAACUUGAAAAAUGCCAAAGAGGUUACAAAGCUAUUGGAGCAUGAAAAUCAUAAGAUGGAGGAAAGGCUAAAGGAGUUGAAGACAGCUAUGGAAAGGGAAAAAGAGGAAAGAGAGCGUCAAGGAGGAAGGCACUGGCAAAGGGGUCAGACAGGCUCCCUAAGCAGCUAUGCAUCAGAGAUUCUCAAUGAAAGGUCUGCAAAGAAAAAUCAUACAAUAAAAAAGAAAAAUAUUAAGGUACUGAAAGACGAACCUCUUGAUAUGCCCUCACAUGACAGCACUCCAGAAUCUAUGAAACACAUUGCUCAGCAGAAGAUAGGACAAGAAAGCAGGGCAAAGAACACCAGGUGUGGUCAGUGUGAGGAACAGUCAGCCUCCCUGACUUGUGUCCAGUGUUCAGAAAAUUACUGUGCUGGGUGUUUUGCAAGCUUUCAUCUUAAGGGAGCUCUGAAACGGCACCGGUCUGUGUCAGUCCAUGCAAGUGGUCCUCGACAUUGUAAGACACCACAGCCUUUAUCUCAAGACCAAACAAGGGAUUCAGGAAUAUCUGGUGGUGAAGCAACAUCUGGAGAUGUUUUCCAACUUGGACCAUGUGAUGCAAGUGGAUUCCUAGAAUCUGAUCAAGAUGCAGCUUCCAAACCUUUGCUGCAUGGCGCUUACAAUGAAGAAGACAGUGCCGCUCAUUUUCAGGAGGCCCUGAUGGCAUGGCGUAGAGGCGAGAAAAUAUGUACAUCUAAUAAUAAUACAUCCUCUCAACAAAUUCAAGCACAGUCUACUGUCAGAUUACCAGUGUCAACUAUUGAGAGCUCAACCAGUACAGUGAACAACAAAAGAUUAAUACCAGAAGUGAAAUCCACCACUUAUUCCUUGUCCUAUGCCCAGCGACUGUUACUGAAACAACACCGUCGCACUGAACUUAAAAACCCCUACAUAUUACAGCUGCCCUGCAAGAACAACACAGACAAUAAAAAUGAUCUUUUAUGCCUGAAUGAUGAGCGGAUCGAUUUCCAGUCUUUACUCCAGGCUGUUAGUGACAGUUGCCAGUCAUCAAAUGGCAUUCCUUUUUCCAAAACUAGCCUUACAGUUACAAAUGGCAUCGAUUUCCCCAAAUACCAUCAUCCAGCAAAUGAAGAAUUUGUUCUGUACACAGUGGAGGAAGACAUUGGAGCACAAGCCUGGGAAAGUAAAGUUGAAAGCAGCACAAAAAGAAGUCAAGAAGAUGAUCUUCCUUAUAUUAAUCCUGCCGAGAAAUCAUUUGCCAAAGAUGCUGGACAUGUUUUAGAGCAACUAUUGCCUGAAAAAUGCAAUGAAACAGAUUCACAGGGCUCAGAGAUGCCAUAUUCUAAGAGGAAUGGUUCAUAUACUUCUAGCAGAAACAAAAAUGACAUGACUUCCUCAGUAUCCCAGACAGAAUCAAAUAAAAUUUGUUCCACUCCUAAGGCAAAGAAUGGCCAUUGUCUGCAAGGUUUCCACACACAUGCUAGAAUGACACCAAGAAAUAUCACAAAUGGUAUUCUGACCAAAAGUCCCAGUUUUGAACUUAAAGAAGUUGCACGAAGGAUACAGACUACUGGUACCAAGUUUGAGUCACCUUUAGAAGGAUUCUUCCUUGUCUUAGUAAAGCAUGAAGCAACAGAUUCUACACCUCACUGUACACCGGCCAUUAUGCCUCAGCCCAAAAGUGUCAAAAUCAGUAAUAAAUUAUAUUCCCUGUCUCCUCGUUCCUGGCAUCCAAGCAGCAGUCUUGGAUUUGCUGAUGUUAGAGAAAAUCUGCAGCAAACAUCAUCAGGUACUAAAUCUCCUCUUCUACACUUCACAUACAGUGGUCAUUUGGAAGGCAAACCUCUGAGCUUGAGUCAGGAUAAAGGCAGCUUAAACAAGACUCCGCCUGUCUUAGAGCCUAAACUGCUGGGUAUAACCAAAGAUAAUGAAACAUUCUGUGCUAUUGAUUCAUUCAGUAAAACUUCACGAAAACGCCACAGAGGACAUUCCUUAAAUACUGCUUCUUGUCUUAUCUCUACACUGAGGCCUAGUUCAUGCAUCAGCAGCAGUCCAAAAAGACACCACAAACCCCAACGACCAAGUAGCUCAAAUGGAGUCAUGGAGUCAACUAAGAAAGAGGAACAUCAUAUCCUAGCUAUUCAGAGAAGCAUUGAUGAUCAAGUCCAGCAGCCUAGCGUAUUUCAUCAGAAAAAUCAUACAAAUGGAUGGACUGCAAGCUAUGAUUUUCAGAAUCAGAUGGAAGAAAAGACAGAUUCACAAACUAAGAAUCAGUUUUCCCUGCAGAAUGCAUCAGAUACAGCAGACAGUUCUCACUGGGAGACACAGGUGCUGGAUUUUAUGAGUGGAAGUGAAGUUAGUGCCUCUCAAUGCAAUAGUCCUGAGACGUGCCAGUUGACACCAAGGUUAUCCCGGCCUCAGAGUAGAGCUCAAAAAGAAACUGGCAGAAUAUCACAGGCUGUUGCCAUGGAUGGGGAGGAUCUAAGCAAGUAUGAUGAUGAUGGCAUCCAUGAUAGAUUCACCCAGAAUGCGGACGAUAUGGAGACACUGGACGGUUUGGAAUGGGAGCUGGCAUCAGAGACUGGUCAGAUAACAGCAGGGGAGAAGAUCUCUCGACUAAGUCUACAUGACAGAGAUGAUCAUGAUAUCAGCAGUUAUCAUUCCAUUAGCAGCAGUCUGCACAUGAGCUAUGAUCAGGCAUAUGAUAUCAACACCAAAUUACAAGAUAACCAGUUUCUUGACAUAGAUGAGGAGCUGGAUCUAAACAGUGCAAGCCUUGAAGAGGAAGAAGUGAGAGCCCUGUACUGAUCACUUGCUAGAAGUCUUUUGUGAACAGAGAAAAAAAAACAUAAAGAGAUAUCUUCCAUGAGGGAGUUGUAGAAUUUUUCCAGAUGUAAUAAUUUCUUUGUUCUUCAAUAAAUUUCUGUAAUGGAAUGAAAAAUGUUAUAAGGUUGGUUUGUUGCGUUUUAUGCAAUGCCAGCAACUCAGGUUAUAUCACAGUAAAUAAAAAUUAUAAAGCUGAAUGAUCUAUAAAAUUUCAGAAUGUUAUUACUGUCUCUUUGGAAGACAGAGCGAAAAUACCAUGAGAUAAAAUUUUAUUUACCAAUUUCCUUCUCAUUGCACAGAUAAUUACAUGACCUAUACACAAUAAACACAUGUUUGAUGUGUUGCCAAGUUUGACACAGUGUAAUUCAAUAUUGAAUUGACAUUGUGCUGACUUCAUAGUUACAUCUCAGUUUACUUUUAAGCAUGAUUAUAAUAUAGGUCCUGCUUUUAAUUAUAGCCACCUCAUCUGUCAGCUCUAUUUAUGUCCUAGUGAUAAGCAUACAUUCUAGCUGUACUCAUAUGCUAUUUUGUUGCUAAUCACAAAAUGUAAACAAUUCUAUAUUAUGGUCACAGUCUGUGUUGGCUAUAUGCUGUCCUUGCACUAUAUUUGUAAGUUUUCAAUUCCCUAUAUGCAAUGUCUCUAUCUAGAAAAUGUAUUUCUGUAUUCUUUCUCUCUUUGGAAAGAACUUCUUCUUUUACUUGGUGUCAGCUCCCUACACUCAGAAUUGGCUUUCAUUAUUAUUUUUGUUGCUCAAACCUAGGUCAUCUGCAAAAAUUAGAAAUUAGAAUAAGGCAACAACAAUGACUGCUUUUGUGUCAUGUCUAAGUACAACGCUUUCUGUAAAAAGACAGUAUUAUUAUAAAGCAAAUAUAAGGCUUUGUCGCAGGGUUGAAUGAGUUGACAUUAUAAAGGUGAUCUGAUUCUCUUUUAAGAAUCCGUCUUGUAAUAAUGAGAAUAUUUCUGUGUUCUGUUCUUCUGGCAUACAUUCUAUUCAAAUAACAGAUAUUAAAAACAAAGAUUUUUGAAAAACAGCAACUAAAAAGAAAGCACAGAAGGGUGAUGUUCUGCUAGGAUGAACGAAUGUACUACAUGACUAUGUUGUUUCCAUUUUCUUACAAGCAUGCUUCAACUGUGAAUAUUCAAUUUAGGUCUAGAAAUGCCAAUAUGGCAAGGGAUGGUCAAUUUUGACUUCCUUUUCCAAAUAACUUUAUAUUAUUUAUUUUAUUGGAAAGCUAGAUGCCUUGUCCAGGCAUCAUUUUCUUUUGUUUGCUGCAAAACUAUGUAAAGAAACCUUUUGCCAAGAUAACGGCUGUACACAAUAGUGCACACCUUUUGACAUGCCUCCUCACAGAAACACAUCAUACAGAAUCCUGCUUAGACGUGGGAAACCGGUGCUAAAUCAUUCUGACAUUAUGUCACCAGCUAUAGCUGUUGUUUGCUAAGUAUACAAUAAGAUUCCAUCAAUCUCAAAUUUUCAUCCACCAUAAUAUAGUUAAUAAUAGUUUUAAUGUCUUUUUAUAACCUUAAAAACAUUGAACCAAAUGUAUAAAAUAUUGCUAACAUUUUCUUUAAAAACUGAAGCAUCUCAGUAAGCAUUGACUGCAUGGUACUUCAGAAUCUCAAAAACCUCGUCUGUAAACACUUAAUUCUAUGUCACAUUAUUUCCGCAUAUUGCAUUUAUCUGCAAAAGUUAAAGAAAGAACCAAUUAUUGUAUUCCAGAAGGCAAGAUAUGUAAAUUGUUUUUAAAUAAAUGUAUAAUGAUGAAAGAAUUGAUGUGGCGUAUGAUUAUUCUAUGUCUUAAGACCUAGCACAAGAAUAAAAUUUUGGCAGCUCCAAAAAAAUGAUACGAUAGAGCUUCAAGAGCUAUGUUUGUAUUAUUUACUUAAUGUAGAAAGUUGCCACUACCACCUGAUGUUCAUAUUGUUCUGUUAAAUGUUACAUUGAUGAGUUAGUAGCACCAGUAUUAAUUUACCACUAUGAAGUCUGAACCAGAGAUGACAGGACACAACACACUGCCCAAGAUGGUCCUCCAUGGAUGGUUGGAGGGAGACUGUCGACAAGGCAAACAGAAGUGGUGGAGAACUAACAUCAUGGAGUGGACAAGCCACCAGUUGGAAGACCUAAAUUAGACUGUUUUAACUUCUUGCAGGCUGUUCACAAUAUCUAAUUCACAAAAAGUCUAGAACUUUGCUGUUCUCUUAGCUUGCAAAUCUGAAGCUUUCAGCUAGAGCAAAAAUUGACUAUGAGCUAUCAGUUAUCUGCUACGGCUUCUGGGCCAAGUACUGAGCCUUGAUGGAUGCCAUUAUAAGAAAAUGGAGCAGGGCAAACGAACACAGUCUGCUUCCUGUCAGUGAGAUAGGAGUUGAACCACGCUGAGCUUGUUAAAAAUAUUUUUAAAGUUAAAAUAAACCUCAUCAUUGUACUAAAUGCAUGAUUUUACUUUUAUUGUUUCCUCAUUUCUUUAAGCAGCAAGGGCCCAAAAGCAUUGUCUACACAACUGAAGAAAAAUUGUCAUCUUAUGUAGUUUGUAGACAAACUUACAAAACAAAUUUCUGCUUGUGUUACCUGCUUUCAUUAGAACUGCUAGUCAAGUGCCUUGUGUUAGUGGAAUCUCUUAACAUUUUUUUGUGCACUGUACUUUGAAAGUGUCUCAUUAGAUCAAAGCAACUAGAAGUUGCAGUUUUAACUUUUUGAUGGCCUGAUUUGUAAAAAAAUAAUUCUUUGCCAUCACAUAAGGCUUUUAUAAUCCUUCAAAUUCUUUAUGACUUUCUCAUUCAAAUCCUGAAUCAUCUUUUUUGUUGUUGUUGUUUGGCGAUGUAAUUCUUUUUGGCACUAUCACAAAAUGGGGUCAAAUCUGGAGACACUAAAUGGUCAGCCCUGGCAAUGGUCAGCCCUGGGAGUAAUGUUUAGUAAACUCCAUACUAUCUUAAACUACCAGCUUUGGCCAAAGAAAAAUUCAUGCUAUAAAAAAAGGCAAUGAAAUCUUUUUUAAAACCGAUUAUGCCAUAAGAUUGAGAAAAGUGAAAAAAAAUCGCAGAAACUAUGCAAAUACGUAUAAGUCGACAUGCAUGUCUUUAAUUAUGUUUAUUCUUCACAGUGGACAUGAAACAUCCAGUUUUAUGGACUGUGUAAAAUAAUUUAGCAGCAUCAAACUCUGCAAAAUAUUUAUUACUCCCACAGAUCUUACUGUAAUACAAAUACAACUAAGCCAAACAAGAAGUAAACCAAAUUUCAAAACAAUAAUUGGCAAUCAAGGGUAAUCAAUAUGGCAUGCCACUGGGUGCUAGCUCAAUAGCUAACACAAAGCUGCUAUCCAUUAACAAUUCAGGUAGCAGCUCGCAACAUAUCAUGCACCUGACCCAAGAAAGUCCCCAAUGGAUGUGGAACAGUUUAGCUCCCCACAUUACAGUCUUGCUACAAUAAGUGAAUAUAUAUUGUCAUCGCUUAUAAAGGCAGUGAUAGCCUAUAGACUUCAACAAUAUAAUCAAUUAGUGCUAAAAACAACUAAAACAGCUCACUCUCAAAGCUUUCUUAUAUUUAGGCAAAAGUAUGGCACCUGUAGCUGGAAAGUCAUAAAAAUAUGCAAAUCUUGUCAUUUAAAACUUCAAAACUUUAUGCACAAUAAUGUCAAAUUUUUUGCUCUAAACCACCACAGAUGUUUGCAAGUCACUUCAAGUCACAGGUCUUUUUAAUUUGUUUUGGAGGGAGGUGGUUGGGUAUUUUUGAUAAGAAAGCUCAUUUUUUUCAUUCAAUAUAUAGAUAAGAACACAUUAGUUGUCAUUUAGGAUUCUUCGUUUUCAAGAGAUAGAGAUGCAAAAAACUUGGUGGUAAUGAAGAACAAUUUAGAAUGCAAUGCACAUGUAUAUAUUAUACAAAGUUUAAGUUUAAAAAAAACAAAAUAGGCCCAAAAGAUUGUUUGCAGAAUGGGCUGCUUUAGUGUUCACAUC